UAUUUCAAAUAAGUGGAUUAGUACCGGUCGUAGAACGUUGUAGAGGUUAGGAUUGACGGUAGCGGAAGAAGUGCGUGCUAUGUAAUUCGUUAUAAGGACGAGCACAAAGUUAUAUUCCUAGUGUAUGCCAUUGAAGUAGGUUUUAACUUAAGAAUUAUAACAUAUACUUAAUCAACAAGGAAUAAAAAUGAAGUCAUUGCUGGCAUCGGUGUACAGCCAUGCAAGACUUCCUGCUCGUCAACAUAUUCACUUUGAGGUUAUUGCAAACGGUUUGUCAUGUACAAAGAAUUUUUCAUCUAUGUACACUGGUAAUUGUCAGUUCUCAACUAUGGGCAAAAGUGGGUCUUCGUCUCAAGAUGCUAUACAAAAAGAGAAGGAGAAACCUCUGAGAAUGACGUUGGAACAGAGUAACAGAGAUUCCACCAUCACUUAUGAUAAAAUUGAUACAUGGCAAGACUAUUUUUUGAAGGCUAAGGAGCGCCUGAGAAAACAAUUUUCUGACAUCCUUGGAAGCAAAGUACCUGAAGAUUCCUAUUCUGUGGAUCCAACCUUGAAUAAGGCAAUAUCACUCUGGUCAGGAAAUAUUACUCUUUUGGAAAUAGAUGCUAUAGUAAAUGCUGCCAAUAAAAGUCUGCGCGGAGGUGGAGGAGUUGAUGGUGCAAUCCACUCUGCUGCUGGGCCCUCACUGAAGGCUGAAUGCGCUACCCUGGGUGGAUGUGAAGAAGGAAAUUCCAAAAUUACAGCAGGAUAUCGUCUGCCUGCAAAACAUGUAAUUCAUACAGUUGGACCUCAAGGUGAAAAGCCUGAGAAACUGGAAUCUUGCUACAGGACUUGUCUCCAGGUGCUAACCGCAAAAAAACUGCGCAGUGUGGCAUUUCCAUGUAUCUCAACAGGAAUUUAUGGAUAUCCUCAGGAAGCAGCUGCUCAUGUUGCUCUCAAGACAGUGAGGAACUUUUUGGAAAAGAACCCGGGUUUGAUUGAUCGUGUUAUCUUCUGUCUGUUUUUGAAAGAAGAUGUGAAAAUUUAUGAGAACUUAAUGCAAGUGUAUUUCCCAAUAGAGGAUCUGAAGACGAACCUCUAAAAAAUUGAAAAAAGAUUGAAACUUCAAUUGUUGGCUGGAGUAAAUGUGAUACUUCAGCAUAUUAUAUUGCCAAUUUAGUACCAUAGAAGCUAUUGGUAUAAUGUAGUAUUCUGAUCAUUGUAUUUUCUUGUUUAUAUUUCUCAACUUUCUGUUGCAUUCUGUCUAGAUGCUGUUACAUCAAGCAUGAUGAUUAUGUAAACUCAGCCAUUCACAUUCAUACUGGAUAGCCUGUUCUUACAAAUAUUUUUCAUAAGAUACACAUAGAAGGUUAUGUAUGAGUGAAAAUUUCAAAUAUAUAGCAAUUAAAACAUGCAUUGUGUAUUAAGA